GAGCAACAAUCGGCUGGCACUUGGGGGUGUGGGCGGUAUACGAGGCUCACUGAAUGCGCACACACCUCUUUUUGGCUCAGAUCACCUCUCUUCUCUUCCCCACAACUGCUGGCUUCCCCCCCUCUGCACCUCCGGAGGCCAAGAUGGAGGCACCCCUCGAAAAGGCUCUGGGAGUGAUGAUAAACACCUUCCACAAAUAUUCGGGUAGGACUGGGAACAAGUAUACGCUCAGCAAGGCCGAGAUGAGGGAGCUGCUUCUUCAAGAGAUGCCCGCUUUUAUCCAGGUGAGGCCAUGCAUUAUUCAUAUUUUUGUUAAAUUUUGGGUUCUCCACAUCUUUGCUAUAGCUCCUUGUACAUGUUCUGUGAUGGACGGAAUGCAUAAUAAUCUAGAGCAAGCCCUCGGAGUGCUCACCUGUACCUUCCAGCGCUAUUGCCGGAAGGAAGGCGACAAACAUACACUCAGCAGAGGGGAGCUGAUGGACCUAUUGAAAACAGAGCUCCCCAGUCUGAAAACACUAAAAAUAAAAGAGGGAGCCUUUGAGGAGCUGAUGACGUUGCUUGAUACAAACAAAGACGGCCAAGUGGACUUCGAGGAGUAUAUCCGAUUCGUGUCGGCAGCUUGCACCUACUUCCACGACUUCUUCAAGGACUCUCCUGCGGUUCAUCCACGGGUGCAAUAAAGCCCAAGGAGUGCCCAAGCUGGAAGCCUAGUGGACACUUUGGCAUGAGUAAGAAUAACAUCAGGGAUAGAAAAGACAAGGAAUGAGGUAGGGAAUGAGGAAAGGGUAUUGCUCAGUGGUAUCAAAGCAGGAGUUUGGAAUGAAGAUCUAAGGAGGAAAGGACUUCUUGUAGUGAUGCCAAGAUGGUGUUCAUACAAUCGAACAAACUCAAAGGAUUAUUCAAGAUUCAGACCGAUAAAUGAUGGCGACAGUACAUUGCAGCACAUACCCACGGGGGUUAGAUGAAACAGCCGGGCCUCAACAGAACAGUUUUGCAGGGCCUGUAAAACUCCAUGAGGUUCUGCGGGGCCCUGAUCUCCUCGGGGAGGCUGUUCCACCCGGUAGGGGCCAAGGCUGAAAAGGCCCUGGCCCACAUUGAGGCCAAACAAACCUCAUGUGGGCCAGAAAUUACUAGGAGCCCCUUUACUCCUGAUCUAUUAAAAUUUUAAAUAUCGAAUAAAUUUUUAAUUUGGAUUGUUUUAACUCACUAAACUAAUUACCAUGUUUCCCUGAAAAUAAGGCAGGGUCUUUUUUGCACCAAAAGAUGCAUUAGGGUUUAUUUUUGGGGUAGGGCUUCUUUUAAGGGAAAUACAAUACCUUCACAAUUCAUUCAGGCGGGCUCUCGGCAGCCUCGUUGCUUCCUCCUCAUGUGGGCUUAUUUUUGGAGUAGGGCUUAUUUUUGGAGUAUAUUUUAAGCCUCCUCCAAAAAUCCUGAAAAAUCAUGAUAGGGCUUAUUUUCAGGGAAACAGGGUAUAUUACAAAAUUUAGACUGUCACCCGGUUUCCAAUGUUAUGGUCUUCAUAUGCCAAGACACUUUUAUUGUAUCAUUGUCGAUUUGUAAAUUGCCCCGACCCAACUCUGGGAGGGGUGAUUAAGAAAUUCAAUCAAUCAAUCAAUAAACAAACAAAAAAGUU